CUGUUUACCCGGCUGCAUUGUGGGAGUUUGACCUCCGCCGCCGCCAACCGCCGCCUCAGCCUGCGCCGCCGCCGCCGCCGCGCACGCCAUGGGAGCCGUGACUGACGAUGAAGUCAUACGGAAGCGUCUCCUAAUUGAUGGAGAUGGUGCUGGAGAUGAUCGCAGAAUUAAUCUGCUAGUGAAAAGUUUCAUUAAAUGGUGCAAUUCUGGAUCCCAGGAAGAGGGAUACAGCCAGUACCAACGUAUGCUGAGUACACUAUCCCAGUGUGAAUUUUCAAUGGGCAAAACUUUGCUGGUAUAUGAUAUGAAUCUCAGAGAAAUGGAAAAUUAUGAAAAAAUUUACAAAGAAAUAGAAUGUAGCAUUGCUGGAGCACAUGAAAAAAUUGCUGAGUGUAAAAAGCAAAUUCUUCAAGCAAAACGAAUACGAAAAAAUCGCCAAGAAUAUGAUGCUUUGGCAAAAGUGAUUCAACAUCAUCCAGACAGACAUGAGACAUUAAAGGCACUAGAGGCUCUGGGCAAAGAAUUAGAGCAUCUUUCACACAUUAAAGAAAGUGUUGAAGACAAGCUGGAAUUGAGACGGAAACAGUUUCAUGUCCUUCUUAGUACCAUCCAUGAACUUCAGCAAACACUGGAAAAUGAUGAAAAGCUCUCAGAGGUGGAUGAAGCUCAGGAAACAAGUCUGGAAGCAGAUCCGAAGCCAUAGACAGGCAAAUGCUCACCAUUCCCAAGACUAUUGAAUCAGCAACAUGAUUAGUGUGUUUAGAAUUUGCUGUCCUCUUGAGAUAUUUAAAGUUUUGAUACUGAACUACUCUGCUUUUAAAUGUUAAUAUACAGUUUAUAGUUCUUCACACAAAGGAAAAUGACUUCAGUAUAUAGAUUUGUUUUAUUGAAAUACCUUAUUUAUUUUUAAAAGGUAGGAAACAUCAUCCAAAAAUGUUGAAUACAACUUUUUCAAGUCAGAUAAUGUUUGUGCUCGUAGUUCUUAACUGUUAACAUUGAUUUGCUUAUAAAAUAAGUUGAAGAUUGUGAGAAGGUGGUGUUUCUAGGAUGUGCCUGAAGAAAAUGAGUCAGCUUCUAUAAAUUGUUACCACUUUUGAAAAUGAAGUACUUGAAUAGGCUUCAGGAGGGCUGUGAUCUUGUGAAAUUGUGUGCAAAAUGUUUGUGGUGUAUGGUUGUUGUGGGCCAGUUUCCAUGAUACUAAGAAUCAUUGGUGUAAGAGGUAAUAAAAUGUAAAGUUAAUCCAUACGCAUUACUUUCUAGAUCUCUCUCCUUAAUACUUGAGCAAUGUGGUUGUUAAAUGUUUUGUUCAUGUUUCUCUCUACUAUUUUGUUCUUUAGGAGUCAUUUUUAAUGGAAAAAAGUUGAUAAAAUGAAGGGAAGUUUGAGAUGAAUAGCCUAUAAAGACGGUCUUGCAUAAAGGAUUUUAUGACUUUUUUCAAAAUUAAGCUAAGACUGAAUCACCUAUACUUUUCUUAAAUAUUGAAUUAUAUUUUUAAUACUUGUUAGGUUUCAUUCUUAUUCAUUUCUUUUAGUUCAGAAACAUGACACUUUAUGUGAAUUAUACCUUAAUGUUACAUUUUUAUAAUUUUAAUAAGAAUUCGUAUUUUUUAAAAGUGAAAAUUUAAAAUUAGCUCAGUUGUUGUUAACAUCAAAAGUGUUGUAAUACCUUUAAAUGCAUCCUCUAAUUUCAUCUGGAAAAUCGUAGGAGAAAGUUUUUUGCAGAAUUGUUAUGCCUUAAUAAAAUAUUUCUGUUUUUCAUUAUUAGUAAGAAUUAUGAAGCAAAAGUCACUUAUAUUGAUUCAGGAUUAAAAACCAAUUUUUGUAAAAGCAUUUUUUAAGGACUGUUGGGCAGAAUAUUCUUAAAUAUGCCCCAUCCCACAUUGAUUAAUUCACUAGAGAAAUGUAUUCAGGAUUAUGUACCAAAACGUAAGAAUCCGUAGGAAGAUAAUUUUUAUGCAAUCAGGAACAAAGUCAGAAGCAGCAGCAGGUACAUGGGAAGCACACAUUUUUCAGUUUAUACUUCCUCAUGGUUCUCCUGGAAAUCCUCUGGAAUUGCUUAGAAGACUGAAGAAUUUCGUCCCCUAGA